AAGUGGAUGCAUGAGCAGUGCCACGUACCCACCUCUCUUCGGUGCCCAAGCUACAAAAUACCAUCACAUCACUCCCUAUCUCUCUGCUUCCAUCUCACUUCUUCGCGAUCUCGCUCUAAUGACCUCUUGAAUCUCUCUCUCGCUCUAGGGUUCAGAUUCUCUCUCUCACUUUCUACAGAGAGAUACAGCACACGAAGCUGAGUCUCCGCACUAUCAGAUUCAGAUCCUCUCACUUGCGCCGAGCCGCAACUGAUAACCUCGAUUUGGUAUCUUCGAUCCGAUCCGGCUGUUACCGGAGCUGAACCUUGAGAUUUUGGAUGACGAUUACGUACUAUUUCGAGUAUUCUUGUCUAAAGUCUAUCUAAUUCAGCUCUAUAUUCUUUAAAUAAAAGAAGAUCUGGCGCCAAAAGCUAGAUUAUUUGAUUAUGCAACGGUUGCAUAGGAAUGUGAUUGUUCAAGCUGGGAAUAUAGGAAUCUUCUCCAAAGGCAGAGUGCAAUUGGGUGAUAUUCAAAGGAGUUUGCAUGCAGCCCUUGGCUUAAAGAAUUUUUGGAAUCGUGAGUUUAGAAAGAAUUCGAGGAUGAUGGUUGAUAGUAGUGCUCCAGAAAAAGGGGGACCGAUUGUUGAUGUAUUGCCAGAGAAGGACGAAGAUGGAAGAUUUGCUAGUGGAGGAUGGAAAAGGUUAAUAGGGGCUCGCUUCAUUUAUCACAUUGACGAUGGAAAACUGAGCUGCGGAUAUUCAAGUUUUAGAGGAAAGAGAACAACCAUGGAGGAUUUCUAUGAUAUCAAGACAUCAAAGAUUGAUGAGGAAACAAUCUACCUGUUUGGAAUAUUCGAUGGUCAUGGGGGUUCUCGUGCAGCUGAGUAUUUAAAGGAGCAUCUGUUUGACAAUCUCAUGAAGCAUCCACAAUUUAUUAUCGACACCAAAUCAGCUAUUCGUGAAACAUAUCAACGGACUGAUGCUGAUUUUUUGGAUUCGGAGAGAGAUACUUACCGGGAUGAUGGUUCUACAGCAUCGACAGCUGUGUUGGUCGGUAACCAUCUAUAUGUUGCCAAUGUUGGAGAUUCAAGGACUGUAAUAUCUAAGGCUGGCAAAGCAAUUCCUCUCUCUGAAGACCACAAACCAAAUAGAAGCGACGAGCGGAAAAGAAUUGAAAAUGCUGGGGGUGUUGUAAUGUGGGCCGGAACUUGGAGGGUGGGAGGCGUGUUAGCUAUGUCUCGUGCUUUUGGAAACCGCAUGUUGAAGCAGUUUGUUGUGGCAGAACCAGAGAUUCAGGAUCAAGAGAUAGAUAAAGAAUUUGAAUUGCUAGUGCUGGCAAGUGACGGACUAUGGGAUGUCGUACCCAAUGAUGAUGCCGUAUCUCUUGCCCGAACUGAAGAAGAUCCGGAGGCUGCAGCUCGGAAGUUAACAGAGGCUGCUUUUACCCGUGGCAGUGCAGACAAUAUUACGUGCAUUGUGGUGAAAUUUCUCCAUGACACAGCAGAUCCGGCCAGCCCCCAGCAUGAGUAGAAAUUUUCUAUUGCUUGGGUGGAUCAAUUAAUAUAUUACGUAAUAUCAGUAAUCGAAAUCUGCACAUGCAUACUACCUGAACAUGCAUUUAUUCAUUUCAUUUCCAUUUCUGCUGUUGUGUAUUUUGAAAACACGCUUCCUAGUUUUAUUCAAGCAUAUGUCCGUGUAUCGUUUGUCAAUAUGGCUGUAGUCGUUCAUUUAAUUUUUUUUUCAUAUUUAAUAAUAAAGUGUGGUACUUUUUCGUCUUUUGAAGUUAAAA